AUGAAAACUCCUAAACAAAUCAUUUUUCUACUUAUCAUCAUAUUCUUCACCUUAACGAUCAUCUUCACGUCGAUGCUUCAGCCACAAACCAUGCUAUUGGGAAAGGAAUACGACGUACGUGUAAUCAACAGCUUCAGAGACAACUCAUCUCUCCCUCUAGUGAUCUGGUGCAACUCGCCGCAAGGAGAACUCGGUGGUCGUGCGCUUCAAGAAGGAGACGACUUCAGAUGGACGGCCAGGAUCGAGUUGUGGUCGUGGAAAGCAGACUAUACAUGUACAAUGAAGUGGGAAUCUAAGAGGAAGAGGUUCGAUGCGUUUAAGAUUUCAAGGGACAUCAAUAGAUGUGGAUUUACAGGGAAAUGUUCUUGGUCCGUUAGAGAAGAUGGGUUUUACUUUAGUAGUGAUGAGGUUUAUUGGACCAAAGAUUUUUCUUGGUUGUAA